GAUAGGGAGAGGCUUGACUUGACAUAAAAACAUACGAGAAAAAUAUUGAUAUUCGAAUCCUUGAAAUUGAGCUAUAGUUUGUGCGUAUAUACGUUUGUGCAUCCAAGUUUAUCAAGAGAACAACCUCUAUUGUAUACAUCGGGCAUACUUAUACUUACUUGAUAGUAAUUUCCAGAAAAAACAAGUGUGUGACAUCAGUGACCACAUGCAUAAUCACAAAUAGAGAUCGUAUCGUAGUUAAGGUUAGGCUCUCACAAAAUAUACACGAAACGAAGUCUCGCACUAAGUAGGUACUACAGUUCGCGGACCGAUGCACAGAAAAUUCGUCAACCGGUAAAUUGUUUUUCUAUAGCGAAAUUAGAUAAAAUCCGCCAAUAUUCAGUCGAGCGACGAAAGUUAAAAGCAAGACAAUUGCUAAGUAUUCAAGUAUUUUCGUAGCUAACUGAAGAAAACGUCAGAUUGAGCCAUGGAGACAGAAACACUUCCUCCAUCUGAAGAAAAUCACACACAGUCUGAUUUUAUUCAGAAGGAAUUGAACUUUGAUGUUGAUCCUGAUGAUCCUCUGACCAAAGCAAGCUUGAGUGAUCAUCCUGUGAACGAGUGGAUGGAUAUUCUGGGCAAUGGACAAUUGAGAAAGAAGGUGUUGAAGGCUGGAAAAGAGAAUUCCAGACCCAAUCGAUCUGAUGUUUGUGUUCUAAAAUUUACUGGAAGACUGGAGGAUGGAACCAUCGUCGAAGAGGAAGAAGACAUCAAAAUACAGUUAGGAGAUAUGGAAGUUAUACAGGGUUUAGACUUAGCAGUCGCGCUGAUGGACUUGGAAGAAGAAGCAGAAGUAGAGACUGCUUCACGAUUUGCAUAUGGUUCUUUGGGGAGAAAAGCAACAGCCUCCUUACCAGAAAUACCACCUGAUGCAAAAAUAACAUACAACAUUGUUCUUAAAAGCAUUGAGUUUGAACCUGAUAUUGAUGAGUUGGAGUACUCAGAGAGGCAAAAGAUUGGCAACAAAAAGAGAGAGAGAGGAAAUUGGUGGUUUGCACGUAAUGAAUCUACACUGGCUAUUCAUUGCUACAGAAAGGCUUUGGAAUACCUUUCACCGUCCAAUGACGAUGUAAUGGCAGAAAAAAUUCCUGAGAAAAAAGUUAUUGAACCUACUGAUGCUGAGUUGCAAGCGCUUCUUGAAGAUGCCUUGAAGGUGCACAACAAUUUAGCUGCUGCACAACUAAAAUGUGAAGCUUAUGAUGCUGCUUUGAAGAGUGUUGAAAAUGUUCUGAGAUGCCAACCACAUAAUGUCAAAGCCCUAUUUCGAAAAGGUAAAAUUCUUCACUACAAAGGAGAACAUGCCAAAGCUUGUGCGACAUUGAGUCAGGCUUCGAAAAUUGAACCAGAUAACAAAGCUAUUUUGCAAGAAUUAUCAAUUUUAAAGAAAAAAACGGCUAAAGAUGCACGUCAUGAAAAGAACUUGUAUCGUAAGAUGUUGGGUGCUACACCUGAUAAUAAACAAAAUAACGUUGGAACAGCAAGUAGUAACAAGAAAACUCCAGCAAAACUUACAUGGAGUUUGGCUGGUGGAACGCUUGUAGCAGUUGCUGGAUUGAUAGCCUAUAGAUUCGCAUCAUAAAUUAUUAAUGGACUGAUGUUAGAUUUUUUUUAACAAUUUUCUCUUUACAAACUAGAAGUGUCUUUAAAGAGAGCAUACUGAAAAUUUAAAGAGACAUUCCAUUUGCUGGGAAUAAGUAAAGAUGGGCGUUGUUAAUCUUGUUACAUUUGUUUUCAUGUAUUUGUACACAAUUGUAUAUUUAAUAAAAAAAAGACUGCUAAAGCUACAAAA